ACGUAACUUCCGGCGUGAGCGGCGAAAGCCGGGAGGGCGAGCGAGAGAGCCAGCAGGCAGCGGGCGGGCGGCACGGAGGAACGGAGUCAGCAGUGAGAAAGCCAACGAGGGCGGCCGCGUCCCGAGAGCAGCCGAGAUUCCUGCCGUCCCUCUGACCGUGUCCCCGGAGCCCACAGCGCCUCCGGUCUCCAGCGGAACGGACACGGCCCGGCCCGGCCAUGGCCUCGUUGCUGAAGGUGGAUCAGGAAGUGAAGCUCAAGGUUGAUUCUUUCAGGGAGCGGAUCACAAGUGAGGCAGAAGACUUGGUGGCAAACUUUUUCCCAAAGAAGUUGUUAGAACUUGAUAGUUUUUUGAAGGAACCAAUCCUAAACAUCCAUGACCUAACUCAGAUCCACUCAGACAUGAAUCUCCCAGUUCCUGACCCCAUUCUUCUCACCAAUAGUCACGAUGGACUGGACGGUCCCACUUACAAGAAGCGAAGGUUGGAUGAAUGUGAAGAGGCCUUCCAAGGAACCAAGGUGUUUGUGAUGCCUAAUGGGAUGCUUAAAAGCAACCAGCAGCUGGUGGACAUUAUUGAGAAAGUGAAACCUGAGAUCCGGCUGUUGAUCGAGAAAUGCAACACGGUCAAAAUGUGGGUACAGCUCCUGAUUCCUAGGAUAGAAGAUGGGAACAACUUUGGGGUGUCCAUUCAGGAGGAGACAGUUGCAGAACUAAGAACUGUUGAGAGUGAAGCUGCAUCUUAUCUGGACCAGAUUUCUAGAUAUUAUAUUACAAGAGCCAAAUUGGUUUCUAAAAUAGCUAAAUAUCCCCAUGUGGAGGACUAUCGCCGCACUGUGACAGAGAUUGAUGAGAAAGAAUAUAUCAGCCUUCGGCUCAUCAUAUCAGAGCUAAGGAAUCAAUAUGUCACUCUACAUGACAUGAUCCUGAAAAAUAUCGAGAAGAUCAAACGGCCCCGGAGCAGCAAUGCAGAGACACUGUACUGAGGCCAGGGCCAGGGCCAGGGGACUCUGUGAGUCUGGCUCAAGACCGACAUUGCCUUGGUUUGUUACAUGACUAUCGUGAUGGGGAAACUGGCUGGAAAUAGUAAUCACACCUCUCUCUGUUUUUAGUUCGAGUCUAAUGAAACUCUCAUGUAGUUCUGUGACGUGUUUACCUCUUUUUUCAGGCCUCAGGAACUCUUCUAUUUCCUUGCCUAAUACCCUACGCCCAACCUGUUCUAAUUUCUGGAGAACUGCAGGUCUGUGUGCGCAGGAUGUUAGUACAAGAAUACUUGUUGUUCUCUCCCCGCCACCCUCACCCCUGUGUCUUGGGCUUUGUGUUUUCUUCCU